AUGGAUCGAAGAUGUUUUGCCAUUCUCUACUACCUACUAAGGACCAUUGGUGGACUAACGUCGACCGAAGUCGUCAAUGUUGAAGAGAUGGUAGCAAUGUUCCUCCACAUUCUUGCGCACGACGUGAAAAACCGUGUCAUUCAACGAGAGUUCAUGCAUUUGGGUGAGACAAUUUCCCGUCAUUUUCACAUGGUUUUGUUGGCCAUUAUUCGACUUCAUGACGAGCUUUUAAAAAAACCACAACCAGUGGCUAACGAUUGCACAGAUCAAAGAUGGAGGUGGUUUGAGGGUUUCCUCGCACCAUAUAGAGGCCAACGCUACCACUUGCAAGAAUGGCAUGGCGCUGAAAAUGCACCUUCAACUUCAAAAAAGUUCUUCAAUAUGAAGCAUUCUUCUGCUCGUAAUGUAAUCAAAAGAGCAUUGGUUGUCUUGAAGGGUCAAUGGGCGAUACUACGGGAAAAGUCAUACUACCCUGUAGAAGUCCAAUGUCGCACAAUACUCGCAUGUUGUCUCCUCCACAACCUUAUCAAUAGAGAGAUGACAAUCUUUAAUAUAAUGGACGACAUAGAUGAGGUUAAUUUCACUCACGCGACUAGUGCUGCAGAUGACAUACAUUACAUAGAGACGUCCAAUGAGUGGACUCGGUGGAGGGACGACCUUGCUGAAUAA